UUUAAUCAGUUCACGAUUGUGGUGUGAGCAAAAUAUAAAGAAAAAAUAAACACGUGAGAUUUCGGCGCGGUAGCACAGUGUUGGAAGUUGAAAGCACGACACGAUCUGAGUCACAGUGUGGUGUUCGAUUGAAUGGCCUCAGAUCAGAGAGUGAGCGAUUGAGAGAGGGUUUUGAUCUGAGGAUUUGGUAAGAAGAAGAAAAUGGACGUGGAAAGAUCGUCGCUGUGCAAUUGCGUGGUGAACUUUCUGUUGGAGGAGAAUUACGUUCUCACCGCAUUCGAGCUUCUUCACGAGCUUCUCGACGACGGCCGCGACGACCAGGCCAUUCGCCUCAAACAGUACUUCUCCGAUCCCUCUCUCUUCCCUCCCGAUCUCAUCUCUCGCCUCAGCACUCUCCGAGUGGCUGAUGCUCAAACUUUGUUGGAAGAGAAAGAAGCAGCAGUAGAAAAGUUAGCUAUCAGUGAUUAUGAAUUGCGUUUGGCUCAAGAAGACAUCUUAAAACUCAAGAGUGAGUUGCAGAAGAAGGCAGAAAACCUUAAUGAACUAAAUGCAGCUGAAAAAUUAAGUGGAGAUGUUUCAGUAAACGAUGGGCAGAAAAUUGAACAAAAGAAGAAAUUUUUUUCCACCGAUUUGGGGUCAUUAAAAGAAACAGAACGUCAAGAUCUUAACUGUGCUGUAAAGGAGUAUUUGCUUUUAGCCGGAUACCGUCUUACUGCAAUGACAUUUUAUGAAGAGGUUACAGACCAGGAUUUGGACAAUUGGCACAACACACCGGCAUCUGUACCUGAUGCCUUACGCCAUUAUUAUUAUCACUAUCUUUCAUCAACAUCAGAGGCUGCUGAGGAAAAAUUUUCCCUACUUAGAGAAAAUGAAACAUUGCGGAAUGCAAAUAAGAGUCUAAAUCAAGAAAAUGAGAACUUGUCGAAGAACAAAGAUUUGGCAGAAGCUCUAGUAGUAACGUUAACUAAGUCCUUGGAUGCAAUGCAGAAAGAUCUUAAAGACAAAGAGAACCAGGUGCACGUUUUGAAGCAAUCCUUGGAGCACCAAAGAAAGGAACUCAGUGAUUGCAGAGCUGAGAUCACUUCCCUGAAAAUGCAUAUGGAAGGGUCUCAAUUGGGAAAUAAUCUAGUUGUCAGUGACACUGACAAUGUUCAAUCUGAAUCUCUGGAGAAGUACAAGGAAGAAAUUAAGAAAUUGCAGAAGGAAAAUGAAUGGUUGAAGGAAAAAAAUAUAAAAGGUCCUGAAUCUGAAAAUUUUGUUGGUUCUGAAAAUGGAAAUUUGCAGACUGAUGAUAAAGCAGUUGAGAUUCGUGAUGACCGAGGUGAAGUCUCUAACAGUGUUGAUGUGGAUUUGGGUGUUGAACACAACGGAAAUGCUCAAUCACCAGUUGUUCAGCCUCUUAAUCAGUAUGACGAUAAACAUGAGGAUACAUUGCCUGAGCUAUUUCAUCCUGCAGAUACAAACAGUGUUGUUGAAAAUAUAAAAAACGUCUCUGAACAAAAUGUUGGGCUACAAGCAGUGGAUAGCAGCUUACUUGUAAAAUCAGACAGUGUGAAUGAUGAAGCAAUAUCUGAAAGGACAGGGUUAGGAACCAUUCAGAUACUUGCAGAUGCUUUGCCUAAAAUUGUUCCUUAUGUCUUGAUCAACCAUAGAGAGGAGCUCCUUCCCCUAAUAAUGUGCGCAAUUGAGCGUCACCCAGAUAGCAGCACUCGAGAUUCUUUGACCCACACAUUGUUUAAUUUAAUAAAGCGUCCUGAUGAACAACAAAGACGAAUAAUAAUGGAUGCAUGUGUCAGCCUUGCAAAAAAUGUUGGAGAGAUGAGAACAGAAACAGAAUUGCUUCCGCAGUGUUGGGAACAAAUCAGUCACACAUAUGAGGAGCGUAGACUGCUUGUUGCUCAAUCAUGUGGAGAGCUUGCAGAUUUUGUACGACCAGAGAUUCGAGAUUCUCUUAUUUUAUCCAUUGUACAGCAACUAAUAGAAGAUUCUGCUAGUGUAGUUCGCGAGGCUGCUGCUCAUAAUCUGGCCAUGCUUCUUCCACUUUUCCCAAACAUAGAUAAAUAUUUCAAGGUGGAGGAUAUGAUGUUUCAAUUGGUGUGCGACCCAUCAGGAGUGGUGGUGGAAGCGGCUCUCACGGAAUUGGUUCCUGCAGUUUUGAAGUGGGGAAACAAACUAGAUCAUGUUUUGAGAGUUUUGCUUUCUCAUAUUAUAAACUCUGCCCUGCGUUGCCCACCUCUUUCUGGGGUUGAAGGAUCUGUUGAGUCAAAUCUUCGUGUUUUGGGUGAAAGAGAACGCUGGAAUAUAGAUAUUCUGUUGAGAAUGCUGACAGAAUUGCUUGCUUUGGUGCACAAGAAAGUAAUUGAGACAUGCCCCUUUUCAUCCACUCCAGAAACGAUCCAAACUGUGCUACCUACUGCUUUGCUUGAAUUGUAUGCUAGAGGGGAAGUUGAAUGGGAUGCCUUUGAAUGGAUGCAUGUUGAAUGUUUUCCUAAUUUGAUACAACUAGCUUGCCUGUUACCUCAGAAAGAAGAUAAUUUAAGAAGUCGAAUUUCAAAGUUUCUGAUAGUUGUUUCUGAAAGUUUUGGGGAUUCCUAUAAUACAUGCAUAAUGCUACCAGUAUUCUUAAUAGCGGUUGGAGAUGAUGCUGAUUUGGCAUUUUUACCCACUUCCAUCCAUUCAAAAAUUAAAGGUUUGAGACCAAGAUCUGCUGUCGCCGCUAGGCUCUCUACAAUGUGUGUCCUUCCGCUUCUAUUGGCUGGGGUUUUGGGUGCUCCUGGAAAACAUGAACAAUUAGCUAAAUAUUUGAGGAAGCUGCUACUUGAAGAUAAUUCCGUGCAGAAUCCAUCAACCAAGCACAUUCCUGAGAUUAUUAAUGCUAUCCGCUUCAUUUGCAUAUAUGAAGUAAACCAUGGUAUGAUAGUUAAUAUACUAUGGGAGAUGGUUGUCAGCUCAAAUGCGAGCAUGAAAAUAAAUGCUGCUAAGCUUCUGAAAGUUAUUGUGCCAUACAUUGAUGCAAAGGUUGCUUCAACUCAUGUUUUGCCUGCCCUAGUUACUCUUGGAUCUGACCAAAACCUGAAUGUUAAGUAUGCUAGCAUAGAUGUAUUUGGUGCCGUGGCUCAACACUUCAAAAAUGACAUGAUCGUUGACAAGAUACGCGUUCAAAUGGAUGCAUUUCUUGAAGAUGGUUCCCAUGAAGCUACUAUUGCUGUUAUUCGCGCAUUGGUGGUUGCGGUACCACAUACAACUGAAAGACUUAGAGAUUAUCUUUUGUCCAAGAUUUCCCAACUUACAGCUACGCCAAACUCAGCAACUGAUUUGAUGCGUCGACGGGACCGAGCCAAUGCAUUUUGUGAGGCAAUCCGAGCUCUCGAUGCCACAGAUCUUCCUGCAAACGGUGUUCGGGAUUCCUUCCUGCCUGCUAUACAGAAUCUCUUGAAAGACCCAGAUGCACUGGAUCCAGCACACAAAGAAGCCCUUGAAAUUAUUAUGAAGGAAAGAUCAGGAGGAACUUUUGAGACUAUUAGUAAGGUGAUGGGGGCUCAUAUUGGCCUUCCAUCAUCAGUCACCAGCUUCUUUGGUGAGGGUGGGUUACUCGGAAAGAAAGAAACCGCCGAGCAAUCAUCAGAAGCUACCGUGUCCCCCAAAGCAGCUUCACCAUCGCCAGUAGAAGACACUAGAUUCAGGCGGAUCAUGAUGGGAAAUUUCAGCGAGAUGCUUCGUGGCAAGGCAAAAGCCCCAGAGGAAGGUCACAAUCAAUAAGAUGUAUUUCUGCAUGGUAAUAUUUUUGCUGGUUCAGGUACAUCUGGUGAAGUUCACUGUGGUUUCCCAUAUUUACAAACACAACGAAGAUUUGUCUCAAUAGGUAAGAUUGGCCACUGUUGUUUCCCAAAUAUUAUAGUCAUUUUAUAUAAAAGAACAAAACAAAAAUUUUGCAGUGAUUUUUCUUUAGAUAGAAGAGGAAAAUAUAGAUAAAUAUUUUACUGCAGGUUUGUCGUAUUUUUGCUGUGUAAUGAUCUAUUAUGAAUUUAUUAGGCCAUGUGUCAGGGAGAGGAGAUAUUUGAAUGAGCACGGUAGAUUUGUAAUUAUUCAAUGAAUUAUCGUAUGACUUGUGUUGGAUUUUUUACUGAUAUUUUAUGGAUUGGGAGAGAACUCUAAAUUUCUUA